AUGGCCGAGGCUACGAAUGGAAAAAAUUUGGAGACCCAACUCAAAAAAGUUGCUUUGGCAUCCGCAUGCACACUGACUGGACCAACAGGAUAUCAAGUGGAGCCGUCCAACGAAGGUAGUUAGCUUCCCUUAAGUUGAUAGUUGCAUAGUUUAAUUCCACUUCUCAAGCGUAAUGCGCUUCUAACAUAAUUUUUCCUCUUAGACUUCGCGGAGAGUUUAGAAGAAAGGGUGAGGAGAGUCAGGCAGGACCAAAGUGUAUACAAAUGGGAUGAAAAAGAAGACGAAUCAGGUAAAACUAAGACCUAAUAUUGCAGCAAUUGUUUUCUAAGUAACUAAACUCUAGAAACAACAGACUCAAAUUUUUAUGUUGAGCAACGCCAGAUUAUAGUUCAGUUUUCUUAAACCUAAGUCAUUUAAUCGACACAUACGUCAAAUUUGUUGCAAUACACAAGUUACCUUUUCGUUUCUAACACUGUUUUAUAAACUCGUUUAGCUCAUAGACAAGCCGGAAAAAAGCAAGCAUAAACUUGUUACGGUUAACUGCAUGGCUUCCGGCAACCACGUGGCUCCGCUAAUGACAACGAAUUGAAACGUUUGUGGCCGCAUGUAGUCUUCAGCACUGGCCGAAUCUGAUAUUCAUCUUAUUUACUUUCAGGGAAAGACUGAUCUAUGAAAGGACGCCUUGCAUAGAUGAAGAGACAACUGCCGCCUUCGAUAAAAAUGGACCUUUACCUGUCUUUAGUUGA